AUGUCGGAUCCGUUCUGGUACACUUAUCCCUCUCCAUUGGAAGGGUAUCAAGACCUCCCGCCACUCCCAGAUGAGUUAAAUGAGGAUGGAAAGUCUUUCAAGAACCCUCAAACGGGCAUCUUAAGCGAGAGCUACCAGAAAUUCACCUCUGGCGUGACAAAUGGCCAGCGGGGUGGGUUUGACGUCCACAUCUACUACCAUCUCAACAGCGACGAGCAGAAGGAGUUUGCCCGGGCACUAUGGGAGAGGAUUCGAAGGGAGUUUCCGGAGCUGAGGAUCUAUCGAUUCUGGGAUCAUCCGGUUGGACCACAUACAAUGGCCAUGUUUGAAGUUAAUCUCUUCACACCUGCGCAAUUUGGGGCUUUCAUUCCAUGGCUGAUCAUCAAUCGAGGGCCCUUGUCUGCUCUUGUCCAUCCCAAUCAUGAAGAUGGCGAUGCGUUGAGGGACCACAGUCAAAGAGCCACCUGGCUGGGAGAGCGUGUGCCACUUGAUUUGGGCAUGCUGAGGAAGUUUAUGAACCAAAGGACAAGUGCAGUGUCCGCGUACUUGAUGUUCCGCGUGAAGGCAGUGCCACUGGUGCCCGGCUCGGUGACAAUUCCCAACGAGUUCUCCAAGCGAGAAGAUCUUCUUCCUGCAACAAUCAUCGAAUCACUUAAUCCCGGCAGCUGUCCCAGCCCUCCAACCUCUGGGCUAGCUGAUCUCAUUGAAGACCCUGAUAUCAUGUAUUCUCGCGAGGCGCAAUCUUUUGCCAGGGCGGGAUCGUUGGAAGCGGAAGUCACUGGGCAUGAUUUGGGUCGAUACUUCCCGCGGCGACAGCAAGAAGUAGAGAUCUUCGAAUCUGAGUAUGAGUUUGAAGGUGACGAAGAAUAUGAGGACGGGACUGAAAAGCGAAGACCUUCAAAAAAUGAUGUGAAACCGCCUGCGAGGCACUCAGCCCAACCUCGAGACGCGGCAACUUCUACGCGUUCCACUCCUCGAUCCGUCUGUGGAAGUCCUAAAAGACAGCACUCACAGCAAGCGACUCCUGCUGGAGCAAGAUCUCCGACCUCUACACCCCGCCGCUCAGUCAGAUCUCGAUUCCAGGGUAGCGGUCGGAGUCUUCAGUCUCGAGCACCACCGACAGCCGAGUUCUCUCUUCCUGAGGACAUCGCCGCCGCGGAAAGGAAUGACCUUGAUGAGGAGAACAAUGCAGAGGAUACCGAAGGACCAACCUCUGUCGAACGAAAUCUUCGAAAGAGAACUCUUCAACAGACAAACCCUUACAAAUUCGACAAGCACCGGCAUAACCUAUCCUGGAAGACUGGCCACGAGGCCAACCCCAAAAAGGUGGAAAAGGCAAUCCAAGAUGAGAUCGGAGUGACGGAACAAAAACAAGCGAAGAAGAAACCGCGAGGAUCGAGGAGUAACUCGACCAAAAGCAAAGCCAGAACUUCAACGCCUAGGAAGCAGACUGCGGACAAACGCCGUCUGUCCAACUCAGCCUGUUUAGUCCCUCCUUCACCAGAGACUGAUAGCGAGCAUGUCUUCGACCCGGCGAGGACCACGCUGCGCGUGUGUUUGGACGGCUUUCAUGGUGGCGCAGCGAUCCCAAUUCCUCUCAGCAAAUGCGACAGCAAUGACAAGCUGGUCGAUUCCAUUCUCAAGUUCUGGGGGUGGAAGUUCACGGGGACCGGCUUCCCUUACGCAAUCGUGUCGUUUCCGUGGUUGACGGAGCAAUCCAAUAUUCUACUUCGCCCAGGAUUGGCCGAGAGCUUCCAAGGCAUGAUGGCCGAGAUUGAAAACGCUCCUAUCUGGGCCGAAGGGCGAAAUGAGAGAUGCGAUGUUCAAGUGACGGUUUACCAGCAGUAA